AUGCUCGCCUCCAUCUUCGCCCUUGCUCUCCUGCCCUUGUCGGCUCUCUCUCUCACUGUUAACAACCCUUCCACGACAGUAACCUCUGGCGGGAACCUCACCAUCACAUGGUCUUCCACCACCAGCGACCCAUCCACCUUCCUCAUCGAACUCUCCAACGUCGACUUCAACAGCCAGUUCGCCAUCGCGAACAACGUCAACACUAGCCUGAACACAAUCACGGUGGAACUGCCUGAGGUCAAUGCUGGGAGCGGCUUCACAAUACAGUUUGUGAACAUUGAGAAUAACAGCCAAAUUUACGCGGAGACCAGCGAUUUCUCAAUCGCGAGCGCUGCCUCUGGAUCUGCUGCUUCGACGGUCGCCGCCACGACUGCAACGGGCUCGGCAGCUUCGACAGCUUCGGUAGCUUCAACGGCCACCGCUUCGGCCUCUCUCAGUGUAUCUGGCUCGGUCACUGUGACAGUGUAA